AUGCCGUUUAUAAAGGACGGUGAAAUUAUUGAAAAAGAUAAUACAACCGUAUAUAGGUCUGUUUAUGAAGCAUUAGAAUAUAUGUUGAAUCAUAACCCAAAAAGAUUUGACCCAAGCACUACACCAUGUGCAAUGCCUUUUAUUAAGGACGGUGAAAUCGUAAGAGUUCCGGAUUCAACAGUUUACACAGCUGUUCAAAACAGUUUACAAAACAUUUUAGCGAAUAUCUUUAAUUCAGAAACUACAGAAAUAAAAUUACCAUAUAUAACAGAUGCUAAAGAAAUUAAAUCAAAAACGACAACAUUAUUUACGUCACUUAAUGAUUUAAUGACUUAUAUCAUUAAUAUUCCUGCACCAACUACAGCAUUUGAUCCAAACUCGACGGUUUGCAGUGUACCUUUCAUAAAUGACAGUUCAUUAAUUACUUUAAGGGAUUCGACAGUAAAUGAAUCAUUAAAGGCGUCAUUAAUGAAAAUCAUUGAUUUUAAUUCAUUCACGAAUACAUAUAAUUCAUUCAUUAAUGUUUCAUAUGCUUCUAAAGAAGGUGAGCCAAAAACUAUCGAUAAAGCGGUGUAUGAAAUAAAAGCAUCAACGACGAAAUUGAAUUCGUUAACUUUUGACGGUGAUAGUUUCGUUAAUGACAUAACAUCGGGGAAAACAAUUUUAACGAAAGAAUACUUAAAAUCUCAUGUUAGUGAGUUCGUUGAAAUUGAAAAAGAAGGUGGAAUUAAGUUCGAUCCACUGAAUUUCAUUUUCAGCUUAGCGAAUGCGGGUGUUAGUUUCGCUGAAUGGACAACUAUACAGAGUGAAAUAAAUGCAAUAUGGACGUUUUUGGGGUCAAAAGCGGGAAUGGGUGAGCUUGUAAAUGCUGCAAGAACAUUAGGUGAAACAGGAAAUUUUGUAGAUGGUUUUAAAAGACUUGUUUCAAAUGUUUUAACAAACACAAAGAAAUUAUUUAGAUAUACCGUACAUAACGGACGGAUUUUCGAACAGAUAGCAACAAACCCUCCGGUUAUGGCUGCGUUGAUGAUGGUUAGAGAUAUAAAACCACGUAACGACGGGAACGAAGAACAUGAACAACAGGAUACUGGUCGGGUUAUUCGAGACAUUAAAAACGUGUAUCCUGAAGUUAUUGAUUUAUUUAGAGGAGUUAAUGAUUCAAUUUCAAAACAUUCUAUAACCCUCGAUGAAGAGAAUAAAUUAACAGAUUAUAUAUUCGUCAUUAUUGCAGAAUUAAUGAAGAGAAUAAAUGAAAAAGGAAUUGGUGAUAUCAUUAAUGUCAGCGAUGUAAUGAUGAAAAGAAAUUUUGACUCAUUAUUUACAAAACCGAAAACAGAAUAUAGUCUUUAUGACGUAAUUACCGAAUUAAUGAAAAAGAUUAAUGAUAAUAAGAGUUCUGGCGGAAGA